AGUCUUUCUCGUCGAUGGACGGUGCCGGAUCGUCCAGUGGCGGAAAUGUCUCGUCCGCUUCCCAAGGCACUCGCCCCGAGUACGCCAGGCAGCCGAAUGUCAAGGUGAAUCACUUCGAGCUUAAGAUACAGGGCAAAAUAGUGGUGUACCGCUACAGGGUUGAAAUUAUGGAAGUUGACAACGAUGGGCAGCCUCUAGGAGAAAGCGAGGAUAUUUGGACUUCCAAAAAACUGCGAAUAUUCAAAGAGUUCGCCCGCAACGAACUCCAUAAUCACCACCCCAUUUUCGACGGCCAGGAAUGUUUUUACUCGACUAUCGACCUGGGCCUGGACCAGAUGGAAUUUGUCAACGAGAGUGAAUCUAACGAUGGACGUCGUUACAAAGUCCGUAUCCAUGACAAGAAAAAGCAGGAACAUUCCGGUCACGGGACAUCCCUGACCUCAGAGUUUGUGCAAGUGCUUGACGUAGCAAUACGCUGCGCUCUCUCCAAAAAGCGCAAGCGCAUUGGCAGGCUCCUGUUGCACGAAGAGGUCGACGACCACUUGGUCAAAAUAUUCGGUCAGCAAGGCUUGCAACCCUACCGCGGCAUCCUCACCAGCGUCCGCCCGGGACAGUCGGCAAUGUUCCUAAACGUGGACACGCUACUGACUGGCUUUUACAAGACCUGCCCGCUCACCGAUCUGCUGCCGAGUUCAGGCAACGCUGGUAACACGAUAGAUUGGCAACUUGACAAGGAUGACAUGGCAUUUCUCAAAAGCCUAAAGGGCUGCAAGGUGGAAGUCAAGCACCUGCCUUACAAACGCGUUCGCACAAUCGAGUCUAUCACGACGAAAACCGCCAAGGAACAAGAGCUCGAGGAACCGAGCGGCUCGACUCGAGAGAAUAAGGAUCGCAAGAUUGUUGCAAAGAAUAUAGCAGAGUACUUCAACAGAUACGGUGGACUUCGGUACCCCAAUCUUCCCUGCGUGAAGGUGACCAGUAGAAGGACAUGCUACUAUCCUCUUGAAAUGUGCUUCUUGCAGUGGGGACAAAAGGGCACCAGCAAACUACCGGGUCAGUUGGCGCGUCCUAAAGAAAGGUUUGAGCUUGCCGAAAAGGUUGUAAAAGAAUUGAAUGUUAAGCCCAGCGAAUACUUGGAUCCCUUCAUCGAACGUAUCGUUCCAGAACCUGUCCAGACAGGCUAUAAAAUUGUAAGCACCUCGCAGACUAGUCGCACGAUGCAGGUUGAAGGCGAAGUCAAAUGGAUGAUAGUGAACAUGUGUACAGAGUCCAACCAUAUCGGCGCCUUGCUAACCGGUCUAGUAUCCCGAGGAGCUGAAAUGGGUGUUGAUAUGCUCGCGGCCAAGGAUGUUAAAAUUCGGGCAGCUUCGACGAUUGACGAGAAUCUAAUCAAAUACUUGAAAGCAGCUGAUUUUAAAUUAGUUCUCUUCAUUUUGGAUAGCAAGAACUCUGACCACUACCCCCAUAUCAAAUAUCUUGCAGAAAUUAAGUACGGCCUGCAAACUCAGUGUGUCGUGUACGACAAAAGAAUUACAACGCCUAGCUUUCAAAAAAACGUAAUACGCAAGAUAAAGGCAAAGCUUGGCUACGUUGACAAAGCUAUGCCAGCGACUAUCAAUGAAUUUGUUUUCAAGGAUGUCCUAGUUAUGGGCGCCGACGUCAGCCACCACAGCCCCAAUGACUCGAAGCCAUCCGUCGCCGCCAUCGUCGCCAGCAUUGACGACCGCGCCUCUCGCUACGUCGCCGUGAUUCGUCCUCAGGAGAAGGCCAACGAUAAGAAACGCGUCGAAAUAAUUUUGUACAUGAAGAGCGUGGUCGAAGAACUCUUUGGUCACUACAAGAAAGAAAAUCCGGGGAAAAUUCCGAAACAUAUACUUCUCUACCGCGACGGCGUGAGCGAGGGAGAGUUCGAAAAAGUUCGCACUCACGAGCUAGCAGACUUGCAAAGCGCGUGUACAGAGGUGUUCCAAUGUAUCCCACAAAUCACGUUUUUGACUGUUCAGAAGCGGCACAGAACCCGCUUCAUGCGCGGACAUGACUCCAACGUACCUCCAGGCACGGUCGUCGAGACGACCAUCACGCGACCUGCGGAUAACGAGUUUUUUCUGUGCUCUCACACUCCCAUCCAAGGCACAGCUCGGCCCGCCCACUACCGCGUGAUCGCUGACGAUUACGGAUUCAAACCGGAAACUCUACAGAAGAUCACGUUCAGCCUGUGUCAUAUGUACGCACGCUGCGUUACGCCGGUGUCCAUCCCAGCGCCCGUCUAUUACGCCCACCUUGCCGCAGCUCGCGCAAGCUGCUACAUGAAGGUCACUCAAGUCGAUACGAAUCCCAUCAUUAUCGAGAAAGACUUGAGAGACCAGAUGUUCUUCAUCUAAGACAAUGAAUGCCCUUUUCUUGUGCUCGACCACCGUUACACCUGGCGCUCCAUGCCUAAAGGGUCCUCGACUUCCCGUAAAAAACGCCAUGUACUACGGUUGUUAACUACGCUUCAGCUUUUAUUGCAGUGGUCUUCAGGCAGGUGCACAUUUGCGUCCCCGUUGCGGUCACGCGAACAACAGACUUCCGUCCUGUGAACACCCGAAGACCAGUGCUGCGCUUCGACCAUCAGUUUUUACAUAUGUCCCUAACUUCAUUUUCUGGUGUCUACCUGAAGCCUCGUCAUUUUAUCUACACGCACGAGUGCAAUUUUAUGCUAUCAUAUUCAGUGUUGAUUGUCCUCGUAAUGACGUGUUUAUGCAGAUAGAGAUCACUCGUCUGAGUGUGCCGCAUGUCAGUGUGUGUACUGUGACAACUGCCGAGGACUUACUCGCGAUUAAAGGCUACUGUCUGACUUCUGA